UUUCUCUUGCCUGAACGCUGCUACAUCGCUAGAUCUCAUUGCCACGUGUAAUGUCGCAAAGCCAGCACAGCGUAGCAGACGACUCGGAAGCCAAGCCCGUCCUUGCCGCAUCGCUGCAUGACGUGCGCUACCUCGUCGCGCUCCUGCGCGGGAUUAGCUUCUCUAACCGCGCGACGGUGACGCUCACCGCUGAUGGAGGGAUGACGGUCUCCGUGGAGGAGUCGCGGACGCUCGUCGCAACGUCCUACAUCUACCCAGAUCACUUCGACGAAUGGACAUACACGCCUCCCCCGCCCCCUCCAAAAUCCGCCUCCGCCUCCGCUACCCAAGCCACUGAGCUCACAAACGACGACGACGACGAGGCAGACACGAACACAACGACGGCAUUCGAAGUCCCCCUGAACACGCUCAUCGACUGCCUCGGGAUCUACGGCACCGCCAAUCUCACGUCCCUCGCCUCAUCCUCUGGCGGGCCGAAACACAGGCGCUGGCGCCGGGACGGCGAGUCCGGGGACGAGGGCGACGGUGAUGGUGGGCGGCGCGGUGGUGGGGGCGGCGGCGGCGGUCGCGGGCGCAGAGACGAGGCGCCGUCGAAUAAUUCGCGGAUCGAUGCGUAUUUCGGUGCGGCGAGCAACGAGAAGCGGACGAGCGCGCGGGUGUCGUACGGCGGGCCUGGGUAUCCGCUCGCUCUUCUCCUAGCGGAAGAUGCGAGCGGCCCGACGACGACGUGCGAGAUUGCGACGUUCGAUCCUGAGCCGGGUGUGGAUUUGCCGUUUGAUGGGGAGCGGACAGUGCUCAAGAUCAUCUUCAAGUCCUCGUCAUGGCUGCGCGACGCGCUCGCCGAGCUCGACCCCUCGUGCGACAAGAUCACGUUCACGUGCAAUCCGCCCGCCGCCGCCGCCGCUAACAACGCACCCCAGCCACAACAACCCCAACAACGAGGAGGAGGCAGCACAGCGAAACCGCUCUUCCGCAUCCAAGCCUCCGGCACAUUCGGAAGCACCGAGAUGGACUACCCAAACGACCGCGAAGUGCUCGAGACAUACGAAUGCGGCGCGCCGCUGAGCGCGACGUACCGCUUCGGGCACAUCGCGCGCACGCUGAGGGCGCUGCAGAGCUCGACCAAGACGUCGCUCCGGAUCGACGACGCCGGGCUGCUGAGUCUGCAGUUCCUUGUGCCUGUGCCCGUGCCGAAGCCCCGAGGCGGAAGCGGGGGCGGGGGCGGGGGCGGGACGUCGAAUUCGUUUAUUGAGUUUCGGUGUCUGGCGUUGGAUGAUGGGACGUCGUACUGAGGGCGGUAAACGUGGUGUAAUGUAUUGCGAAUGGGCAUCGUGGCGUAUAUAAGAAAAGAAUAAACUCUGGUAUGAAAAGGCCCUGCCAAUAAUGUCAUCUAGUGUCUAUGAGGCUCUAAGCAUGCAGUAUCGUCCCGGGCCCCGGUUCCGCAGACAAUCUAGAUGAGCCCGUCGAGGAAGGACGACGAGGUCUUGGGUGGCGGGACGACGGGUUUCUCGACGGGUGGGGCAGGGGGUGGAGUGGGCACGGGGAGGUAGUCGGCGAUGAUGGAGUCGAAGGUCGCGGGGCCGACGGGUGCAAGUUGCGCCUUGGGCUUGAGGCCAGCGAGGAUGGCUUGUCGGAGUGCAGGGCCGUCCAGAGGCUUGGGGGCCUCGGGUUUCUUAGCCACCUCCGGCUUGGUCGCGUCUUUCUUCGCAGCGUCCUGGAACGUGCCGAGCGGGCCGGACGCUUUCCCGAGGAACGCAAGCACGUCGCCCUUGGUGAGCAUACCGCGCACACCGGUGCCCUUGAUCUUCUCCGCGUCUGCGAUGCCGUUCUCUUGGAGGAUGCGGAGGACGGAGGGGAAGAGCGGCUUGGAGUGCGUCGGGUGCACGCCGCUCGCGAGGGCCUGCCCCGAGGACUGGGACUGGAACUCGGAUUUUUCGGACGGCGCGGGUGCGGGCGGUGGGGGUGGCGGGGACGAGGACUCUUGUUUUGGGGCGGGGGAGGGGGCGGGUUUGGGCUCGUCUUUGGGUGCUUCUAGGUUGGAGAUGUCGUCGCCUUCUUCGGCGAGGAGCGCGAUGAUUUUGCCGACGGGGACGUUCUUUGCGCCGUCUUGGGCGAUGAUCUUGCCGAGCACGCCGUCGUCCUGCGCUUCGACGUCGAUGGUGGCCUUGUCGGUUUC